AUGUCAAAUGAUAGUGAGUUUUGCAAGCUCGAAAUAAACACGCAACGCAAACCGCGCCGCGCCACAACACACUCAAAAAAGGGAACGAUUCAAAUUCCCUCCCUUUUUUGUGUGUGUUGUGGCGCGGCGCGGUCUGCGUUGCGUGUUUAUUUCGGUGGACAUAGAUAAAAUGGGUCCCCAGAAUCGGGGUGAGGGGUUUAACUUUUUUCAAAAAAUCUGAAGGGAAGGGUCCCUAACUUGGCCAAUUUCCUGCUGAUAAUUUACCAAAAUUCCCAGAUUUGUCCAAAAUUCGCUCAAAAAUGUGAGGAAGGUGUUUAACUUUGGAAAAUUUUCAAGGAGGGACCCUAACUUUAAAAACUGACUCGGAGGACCUAUUUUAUGUAUGUCGGUGGAGCUCUUUCGAGCUCAAAUUUAUGAAAAUUGAGCUUUUUGAAGCUGAAAAUCAUGAAAAUUGAGCUGAAAAUUAUGAAAAUUGACUUUCUAAAGCUGAAAAUUAUGAAAAAUGACAUUUUUGAGCUGAAAAUCAUGAAAAUUGAGUUGAAAAUCAUGAAAAUUGACUUUCUGAAGCUGAAAAUUAUGAAAAAUGACAUUUUGGAGCUGAAAAUCAUGAAAAAUGUUCAGAAAAUCAUGAAAAAUGACAUUUUUGAGCUGAAAAUCAUGAAAGAAUUUGAAUCGUUCCCUUUUUUGUGUGUUGUGGCGCGGCGCGGUCUGCGUUGCGUGUUUAUUUCGGUGGAGCGCGUGGAGAUUUUCGAUAAUAAUCUAACCGUUUUCUUGUUUCAGAAAGAGGAAAACGAUCAAAGUAUCAAAAAACUGAGGAAAGAUCAAGAAAUAAUAACAGUGCUGAAACAUGCAAACCGGAUGCGCCAACAAAUGGAGAAAGAAAGGCUCAACGAAAAUUGAUCACAAAAUUUGUUGGAAGAACUUUGGAAAAAGGACCAACAGGUUUGCGAGCUGAAUUUCAAGGAAUGAAAAGAUCGAAUGAUUUUGGGAAGAUGAAAGCAUUCAAAGAAGCUCAAGAAUUUGGUCGAAAUCGUUAUAAAGAUGUUGGUUGUUUGGAUAAUUGUCGUGUUAAAUUAACAACACCAUGGCCAAAUGAAUAUAUUCAUGCAAAUUAUGUAUCAACACCAAAUAAUCCAAAAAGAUUCAUUUGUACACAAGCUCCACUUGAGAAAACCUGUGCUGAUUUUUGGUUUAUGUGUUUACAAGAACGUGUUGAAACAAUAUUCAUGUUAUGUAAUUUUACUGAAAAAGGAACAAAAAAAUGUCAUGAAUAUUUUCCCAAAUCUGAUAGUUUAACAUUUGAAGAAGGAGAAUUCAAAAUUGUUGUCAAAUUUGAAAAUUCGAAAAAUGUGAAAUUCAAAGGGAAAGGAAUUAAAGCAAAUGUUGUUGAAACACAAUUAACAGUUGAAGGACCAAAUGAUAUGUCGAUUAAAUUAACACAUUUACAUUGGAUUGAUUGGCCUGAUCGUGGUGUUCCACCAGCUGAUUUAGCUAUUAUUGAAUUGUUAAAUAAAGCAAGACAAUCAAAGUGAGUUCUAGAUCUACUUGAUGUUCAAACAUCUAUAAAUAUCUUAUUUCAGAGGUCCAAUUGCUGUUCAUUGUUCAGCUGGAAUUGGUAGAACUGGAAGUGUUGUAAUGAUUGAAUAUAUAAUGGAACAAAUGUUAUCGAAUCAACAAAUUGAUGAUACCGAUAAAAUUAUGUUGAAAAUUCGUGAACAACGCAAUAAUUCGGUGCAAACUGAUCAUCAAUAUUUAUUUGUUCAUCAAGUUAUUAUGAAUUAUUUUCGUUUUCGAAAAUUAUUCGAUCCAACUAUUGAAGCACUUCAUGAUGAUUUUACCAAGAAUUAUUUGAAACUCGUCAUUUGA